AUGCUUUCGCUUUUUGACGUGCUUGAACAUAUCUUACAUACCGGCCCUUCUCAUUAUGCCAAUAUCCCAACGUUGCCAUCCAAUCAGUCUACAUCCUCUUCGUCGUCAUCAUCGAGUUCUUCCAUCUCCUUGAGCCAUCAGCCUACCGUCGAGUGCAACAGUGCUUUAACUACAUCUUCGUCCCACUCUGUCCCUCAUCUCCACACACCACUCUCGCUUCCGAUGGAUCCUCUCUCGUCUCGCCGCCCACCCACCUCACCGCCCUAUCAACCUCAAGCUGGCCCCAGCAGUGCACAAUCAUCGCAUUGCUUUCACGCGCCUCCAUCAGCACCACCUCUCGUUACGUCUCCUGUCUAUAGUAGGACUCCUCAGCCUAGAGCGGUAUUCUCUCAAACGCUCUCGGAUUGCUGUCUCGCUCGCCCACCUUCUCCGGUCACCGAACCUGUCCUGGUCCCACCUCCGCCAACAAAUAAGGUCGCCGAAUUCGCUGCCCAAAUGAUUUGUUAUCUUUGGUUUGCGGAGCCUUCGAGCCUCGAAAGAAGUUCGACUUUGCGACAGACGACUCCGAGCAGCACAAGUCCUCAGCUCUUUCCUAACUCUCAAUCUCAAUCGGCACCAAUCAGCACGGCGCAACUUGUGCCCAAUCCUGAAUUUGUUGUGUUCAUCCAUAACGUGCUGAAUACCAUUCUCAAUGGUGGCAUUCUUUUUGCCCAAUUUGCAGCACAGCUAUCACACUCGGUUGUCUUACUUGCCCUGUUUUACAUCCAUCGCCUCAAGUGUUUGAAUCCCAUCAAGCCUAAUCCAAAGAGUGAAUAUCGGAUUGGUGUAGUCAGCUUGAUGUUGGCAAAUAAGAUGUUGGACGAUCACACGUACACUGCCAAGACCUGGUCUGAUGUUUCUCGCUUGCCAUUGGCGUCACUGAAUGAUGGAGAAAUCGAGUUCCUACAAGGUUUAAACUUUGAACUUCAUGUCAACAUUCGGGAUUUCAGUGCCUGGUUCCGGUUACUUCACGGUAUGGUUCACCUCAAAGAUCGACACACGGCCAACGCUCUUGCUUCCGGCCCACGUACAAGAUGGUUCAAGAAGAUGCGAGUUGUCUCCGGUGAAGGAUUAAAUGUCUUGGAAGGCUUAGUCUCGCCCAUCAGAAAUUCAAGCCUAAUGAAAGAGGAAGAAGAUAAGGCGACAAAAGCGAAACUUGGGAUAGCUCCUCCCACACCAUCCUGCCCUCCAGCCCAGUCUACUGCCCGACAAUCAUCUCUUCCAUCGCGCCCUUCUGCUGACACUCCUGUCGCUCAACGGACGCAUCCGUACAAUUUGCGUCGUUCGGCGCGGAAUGGUUCACAAAUCCCUUCAACACGCUCGAUGCAUUCACUCAAACAGUCGAAUAUCAGUCCGUCAAGUGGCCCCUCGAAUCAGACCCAUUACCCUCCCCCCUCAUGGGGUCCAAGUCCAUUGGUGCCUUCGGCCUACUCACGACCUAUGGUCCCAUUGCCUAACUUCACUCCCCUUCGAGACAAUGGCCAGCGCGAACUCGCAGAUAGUCGACAAAAAGGGCGCGCUGUGUCUUCCUAUCAGCCUUACCACUCAACUCCUACGCCAACAGUCGUAGCUGGCGACAAGCGCCAUUUCUCAGAGACAGUCGACAGCCAGGAUGCGACUAGGCGACAGUCACGAAAGCGAGUAGUUGCCCCGGUUUCCACUCCCACCUUUUUCCCCCACCCGCCCUCAUCCGCUUCAUCAUCCACAACAACAUCACGAAAGCUGUCAAACCUCUCCCUUCAUCACCGCCUACCGCCUAUCUCAUUGACAGCCAGUAGCUCACCGCCCACACCUUCCUCAAGCCAGGUACAACCUCCUCAAUACAUUCAACUCACGUCUCAAGAGUCCAGCUACCCAGCUCUUAAUUAUCUUGGGAACGCGAUUGUACCUCUCCAGCCUGGCUCCGCCCAUCAGGGCACUGAGCUAUAUUUCCAUUCCCUUACCGCUGGGCACCGUGGUCCCGGUCAGCUGGUUCGUCAAGAUGUACGAGCAUGUUUGCCGGAUUCUGCCCAACAAGUAUAUGUUUUCGGAUCACAGCCUUGGCGUCAGGGAACACCCAUGGACACGAGACCGCUCCCCACUAGUCAUCAUAAUCCUGGUUCAGUUGGUAUCAGAUUGAUGGUACCUAAUGGCAGAGGAUGUGUCUCCCAACAAUCAUCACCAGCGCAUCAUCAUCCCCUUGGCGCCAGUAGAUGGUCUCCGCCGGCUUUGAAUGACAUCUAUCCAACAAAUCACCAAGGCCACAAGCCCAAAGCUGAAACUCUAUCAGUCGUCCUUCCCCCGAUAUAUCAUCGUCAACAACAACCUCAUUAUCCCCUAAUAAGCCAAUCGAGUCCUGUCCACUCAUCCUCUCCUGACCAACCUUUCCCCUCCUCUGCUCAUCCUAUCGGAUCAAGUACUCUUCGACCCUCGCCAACACAUUUUGAAAUACCUGUGCCAGUGUACAGUAACUUCUCGAACGCAGGGAUGCCGAGUGUAAUUUGGCAUGAUCCGAAUUCUACACCUUCAUCAACUGCUUAUCCUGCGCUUCACCAGUUUGCAAACCAACCGCGGGGUUCAACAUCCUUACCAUCUCAUCACCUUCAUCCUCAUCAACAUCAACAGAGAAUGCUGAGCAGGGUAAGAUCAGUGGUGGAAACCUGUCAUGCACGUUGA